AGCCGCUCACACGUGUGUUUCCAACAUGUCGGCUCUCCGAGUUGUUUUGGGUUAAAGAACCGAGCAGGGAGUCAGUUUAAGGAGGUUUGUUUCCUCAAACCGAAGCGGGUUUUCAGCGUCGAGCUCCGGACAGAGGAGCGCGGGAAGCGCCGGGAUGGCUCAGAGGAAGAAGAGGCUGAUGAAGAAGAAGAGGCACGCGGAGGCGGACUCGGACAGCGGAGACUUCGAGCUGGCUGCUCAGAUCGGAGACGAUGACAGUCCCGGCAGGAAGCUUCCUCGGUUCCCCGCGGCCUCGGACUGCCUGUCGGACGUGGAGCCGGACACCAGGGAGCUGGUCCGGGCGCAGAACAAGAAGAAGAAGAAGUCUGGAGGCUUCCAGUCCAUGGGUCUCAGUUACCCCGUUUUCAAAGGCGUCAUGAAGAAGGGCUACAAAGUCCCGACGCCCAUCCAGAGGAAGACCAUCCCCGUCAUCCUGGACGGGAAGGACGUGGUGGCCAUGGCUCGCACCGGCAGCGGGAAGACGGCCGCCUUCCUCGUGCCCAUGUUCGAGAGGCUGAAGGCCCCCCAGGCCCAGACGGGGGCCCGGGCCCUCAUCCUGACCCCCACCAGGGAGCUGGCCCUGCAGACCAUGAAGUUCACCAAAGAGCUGGGGAAGUUCACCGGCCUGAAGACCGCCCUCAUCCUGGGGGGGGACAGGAUGGACGACCAGUUCGCCGCCCUCCAUGAAAACCCCGACAUAAUCAUCGGCACCCCGGGUCGCCUCAUGCACGUGGUGACCGAGAUGGACCUGAAGCUGCACGCCGUGGAGUACGUGGUUUUCGACGAGGCCGACAGGCUGUUCGAGUUGGGCUUCGCCGAGCAGCUCCAGGAGAUCAUCCGGCGCCUCCCAGACACCCGGCAGACGCUGCUGUUCUCCGCCACUCUGCCCAAACUGCUGGUGGAGUUCGCCCGAGCCGGUCUGACUGAACCGGUCCUGAUUCGUCUGGAUGUGGACUCCAAACUCAGCGACCAGAUCAAGCUGUCGUUCUUCUACCUGCGAGCCGACGACAAGCCGGCGCUGCUGCUCCACCUGCUGAGGAACGUGGUGAAGCCGCAGGAGCAGACGGUGGUGUUCGCCGCCACCAAGCACCACGUGGAAUACCUGAAGGAGCUGCUGUCCUCUGAAGGCGUGGACUGCGCCUACAUCUACAGCGCCCUGGACCAGACGGCCAGGAAGAUCAACAUCGGUAAAUUCGUGCACCGUAAAGCCAUGGUGCUGAUCGUGACGGACGUGGCGGCCCGCGGCAUCGACAUCCCCCUGCUGGACAACGUCGUCAACUACAACUUCCCGUCCAAAGCCAAGCUCUUCCUGCACCGAGUCGGUCGCGUGGGCCGAGCCGGGCGCAGCGGCGCCACCUUCAGCAUGGUGUGUCCCGACGAGAUGCCCUUCGUUUACGACCUGCACCUCUUCCUGGGAAGGCCGGUUCAGUUCGCGGCGCCGGGUCAUCCUGAGGACUCGGACGGCGUGUUCGGCCGGGUCCCUCAGAGCAUUCUGGACGAUGAAGCGGCCCACCUGAUCACGGCUCACGAGAACUCCCUGGACCUGUACAACAUGCAGCGCGUCUCGGAGAACGCCUACAAGCAGUACCUCAAGUCCCGGCCCAGCCCGUCCCCCGAGUCCAUCCGGCGGGUGAAGAGCCUCGACCUGUCCAACAUGGCCGUCCACCCGCUGCUCGGUUCCGGUUUGGAGAAAUCAGAACUGGAGCGUCUUCAGAUGGUCGACGCCAUUAAAGGCUACAAGUCUAAAUCAACCAUCUUCGAAAUCAACUCCAGCAGUAAGACCCCGGCCGGCGAGGUGAUGCGGGCCAAGCGGUCCCGGGACACGCGCCUGGUGGACCGGUUCAGCAGGCAGAGGGAGGAGGGCGCCGCCGCAGAGAGCCGGCCUGGGGGGCCUGCGGGGUCUGGGGGGCCUGUGGGGUCUGGGGGGCCUGGGGGUUCUCAGGAUGCAGAGGACGCCGCGGACGCCACACACCACGAGGACGAAGACGACAAUGAAGACCAGGAGGAUUUACAGGGGGUGUUCUCAGCAGUGGUGGGGGUGAAGAGGAAAGGUUCACAGGACGACGCCGGAGAACCACCGAAGAACAAGAGGAGCAAGAAGGGCCGACAGACGGGGAAAGACGAGGAGUUCUACGUCCCGUACAGACCCAAAGACUUCAACUCCGAGAGAGGGCUGAGUCUGGCAGGGGAGGGCACGGCGUUCGAGCAGCAGGCCUCCUCGGCCGUCCUGGACCUGAUGGGGGACGAGGGCGACCGGCUCAACCAGCACAAGAAGAUGAUGAAGUGGGAUCGGAAAAAGAAGCGUUUCGUGAGAGAAACGGGGAAGGAGGACCAGAAGAAGAAGAUCCGAACGGAGAGCGGCCAGGUGAUCAGCGCCAAGAGCAGCAAGAAGAACUUCUAUGAGGAGUGGAAGAAGAAAUACAAGAUCGACGACGCCGGAUCGGAUGGAGAAACGGGCGGAGGAGGAGGGAGGAGACCAGCAGGAGGUCGUGGCCGUGGCCGCGGCCGCCGAGGUCCGGCGGCACCGCAGACGGCCGGCGGGCAGCGGGUCCGCUCCGAGCUGAAGAGCAGCCAGCAGAUCCUGAAGCAGCGGAAGAAGAAGCAGAAGCAGCAGUUCGUGCAGAGCGGCGGCGUCAAGAAGCUCCGCGCCAAAAACAGGCAGUUCGCCGGAGACGUGAAGCGGUCGGGGUUCGGACGCGGCGCCCACAAGAAGGGCAAGAUGAGGAAGAAACUGUGAGCAGGGGAAGGAGGGAAACCUUCUGCUCCUGAACUGAACUCUGCUCCUCAAACGGACUCUUCAUGCAGCGUUUGGGUUUUGAAACGUUACUUUAUUCAAGACGGUGAAAUACAGACGAAUCAGAAAACAUCCUGUCCGUGUCUUGAUUUGCGGUCUGAUCAGAGCUGCAGCACUCAGGGAGAACAUGCAGACUCCUGUCGGGACCAGCUGCUGCUGGUGGCGAAACAAAACCUCUUUCC